AUUGUUUCUGCUAAGUUAAAAAUGGUAGGAAAUGGAAAGUAGCAUAUUUGCCCUGACAGUUUUAGGGGAAGGCCACAAGUAUAAAUCAAGAAAUGGCUGUGUAGUUUAGAAAUCAGUCAGUUAGUAGCAUAAACGUAAACCAGCAGAAACAAGAAAUACAACUGUAAUGAAACCCAAGAACAGAAACUGAAAACCACAAAACAGUUUGUACAGCAUUUAAUUAUUUAAUGAUAUGUUUUAGAUAUGAGUCUCAUUCCUUCCCUUUAUAUACUACAUUAUAGUCAAUAAUGUAUGAACAAAUGUUAUAUUUCCUCAUGGAAUGGAACCUUUACAUAAUCAAUUAAUAGAAUAUUGAAUUUAUAUGCCUUUAACCAAAAUUUCCUCAAAAGUCUCAGGCUUUACCAGAACGUUUCAGACAGAGAAACAGUAGGUGGUUUGGCAUUUUUUCUAGAAGCAUGGUUUGGUCAAAAAAAACCAAAAAAAAAAACCCUUUGAUUAAGUUUUUGAUUCGGCUUUGAUUCUUCUGUUCAAUCAGAUUUUACUGACAGUGGCAUCUUGAAGUGGAACAAUUACAGCAGGCUUAUAAUGCAAAUUAUGAUUUUAUUCCAUUAGAGCCAUUAAGGCGGCCGCAGAGUACAUGUUAUAAAAUGAACCUGUAGUUUUUGUUUUCGUGAACGGGAAGCUGUGGUGGCAUUAAUGUUAGAUGUCUAAGGCAGAUUGUACCAUCAUCGUACGUUUGUCAUCUUCUGUUGUUAACCAUCUGGAAAAAGGAAGUUUGUCAUGUUCUGUUAGAAAAAACCUCAUUGUGGUUCCUUCUAACUCUAUCACAUGCAGCACAGAAAAAAAAAAAAAAAAAAAAAAAAAAAAAACCUAGCCCCACUAACAUUUUCCUGUGGCCAUACAUGUGGGAGGCACAUUUUAUCUCUCUCCAUUCAUCUCCUCUCCAUCCACUCAGCCCUAAGUGCAUCAGCCACACCUGCUCUCAAAGGAUCACUGUUGAUCAUCUCCGGCCAGGAGGAAUUAUUACAGCGCUUGACACCUCUUCACGAUUGAGAAACUCCGCUGGGUCACUUUCCUCAGAGGUCGCACGAGACUGGAGUUGGACGCUUCUGGGACUGAGGUUAUAAAUUUUGGGAUUGGCUGGACACCCGUCUCUGCUCGGAGCUGGUGGAGAACAUUUUAGAAUCGGUCGUGUUGAUUUCCAGAUUAUGAUGAACGCAACAUCCAACACAAGCAACUCAUCAUGUGUGAUCAUGACCCAGCCAGCAGGUCACCUGCUGAUGUCCAUCUACAUCAUCGCCUUCAUCCUGGGGCUGUUCUUCAACCUGGUCACCAUUGGUCCCAUAAUUCAGCAGAUUUGCAGAAAGAACAUUUGGGGGAUCUACCUACUCAGUUUGUCCGUCUCAGAUCUCCUGUAUAUCCUCACCAUGCCUGUGUGGAUAUAUUAUUUCAACAACAACCAUAAAUGGAGCCUUGGCCAAGGACUCUGUAGUCUGGUUGGUUUCGUUUACUACUCUAACAUGUAUAUCAGCAUCUUUCUCCUCUGCUGUAUCUCCAUCGAUCGCUGCCUGGCCAUCACAUUCCCACUGCGAGUCCAAGCCUUCCGCCGCCAGCGCUAUGCCUGGAUCAUCUGCGGGCUGGUCUACAUUUUGGUCAUGGCCUUACACUGUUUGGUGCUGUACCUAGACAAGUUAACGGAUCCACUGGACGACAGUGAGCAAACGUGCUAUGAGACCUUCCCCAUGACGGAACGCAUUGCGAUGUUCAACCUGAUACGGGUUGGAAUUGGUUUCCUCUUGCCUCUGGUGAUCAUGUCCGUCUGCUACUGGUUGAUCCCAACUAAGGUGCAGCAAAGCAGAGGGGUGGGUGAUCAAUGCAAACGCAAAGUGAAGCUACUGUCUAUGGGGGUCAUUGGCAUUUUCUCCUUCUGCUUUGCACCGUACCACAUCCUCCUGAUGGUAAGAUCCAUCGCCUACUUUUCUGUGGGAGAAAAACAAAGCUGCAACUUUGAACAAGCGAUGUAUUUACCCUUCACUUGCUCCCUUGCUCUAUCUAGCCUGAACAGCGUGGUGGACCCAGUGCUUUAUGUUUUGGCCAGUAACGGAGUAAGGGAGGACAUGCGUUUGUUCUAUUUGAAAAUCAAGCAGAGAGAGCUGAGAAGAAGCCCUCUUGUUGAUUCUAAAUGGGUUAGGGAAGACAAGGAAAACCAACUUGGGUUAAAACUGACCUUAGGUCUUGUAAAAUAACCCCAUUCAGGAAUUUUGUAAAUCAGUGACCAGCACAAACUUACCCAAAUUGUUUGUGUUGACAGCAUGGGCACAAUCUUGUGAAUGGGUUCAUACCUUGUGUAUCUGUGGAAGGUCUAGCAGACUCCACCAUUGUGAUCCAAACAAAAAUGCUGAAAUGUGCUCAACUUGUCUGGAUUAUUAUUAUUAAUUAAUUUUUUUGAUAAAUAACUAGCACUGUGACUGCAAAUUGCUUGCUUUUCUGGUGGUAAUGGGCAAAUUGCACCAGGUUCUGUGAGUAAGGCACAUCUACUGUAUAAAAAGCCCAAUUUACAAAUGACUUGGACUGACAAUACUGACACUGCAGCACUUUUUUAAUGCCUGAUUAAACUGGUCUGUGGUUGUGAAUAUGAUGCAGUUUUUGUGCCGAAAUACUGUAAAAUUGUUUAGUGAGUUAGCUACUGUAUGUUAGUGUUUAGUCAAGCCCAGUUCAAUUGAGCCCAACUCUUGACAGAGACCAGAAGAGGGUCAAAUUCAUGUCAAGGCCAAGUUUACAUGUUCGUGAGUCUAAGACCAUAUUGUCAUGGUUGUGACCUUUAAACAUAGAAUUCAAGUCCAAGACCAUAUACUUUUUUAUUUAUUUAUAUUUAUUUUAUUUUUUUUGGUAUUGGUCCUCAAGUAUGAGUCCAAGACCAUAUUUUUUAUGGUUGUGUUCAUGGUCCUUGAGUCCAAGUCUAAGAAUGGAUUUUCAUGGUUUUGGUUUUUGUCUUGCUCCUCAAGUCCAAUCCCAAGAUCAUGUUUUCAAGGUUUUGGUCUUGGUCCUUGAGUCCAAGUCUAAGACCACGUUUUCAUGGUUUUGGUCUUGGUCUUUGAAUCUAAGUCUGACAUUUUGUCUACACUGGACACAAUUGCACAAUGCGAUGUUAUAAAAGACAACACAACACAACAAAUCAUGCCUCAUUAUAUUUAAGAUGAACUGACACAAAGUUCAAAUUAUUUGUAGUGGUUGCUUUGUCCAGUGUGUCCAGUGUAGUCACAGUGAAAGAACAUAUUUUUUAUAAUAUUGUUCUUUGUCCAAGAUCAUAUUUUCAUGGUUUUUGUUUUGUUCAUUGAGUCCAGGUCUAAGAACACAUUUUCAUGGUUUUGGAUUGUUCCUUUAGUCCAAGUCCAUAACCAUAAUUUUGUGGUUUUGAUCUUGGUUUCCGAGUCUAGUCUUGGUCUUGGGAUGGACUCAGAAGCAUGUGGACUCACUCUUCAUUCAAUCCUUUUCUGGUUUCUCUCUUGAAUCAAACUCCACCCUCUCCUGAUCUCGGUCUUGAAUCUCAAAUCUGGUCUUAACUACAACACUGAUGUGUGCAGCCUAUUGUACUUAAAAACCAUUUUGUUUAUUUGUGUUAAAAAAAGAGAGGAAUUAUAACUUUGCAGUUUUAUGCGAGAUGUACAUAUCUGUGACUUUAGGAUGUAUCUUUUUACCUGUAUCUCUGUCUUUGAAGGACCCUUGAAUCACUUGAACUUUCUGUGUGAGAGCUGUACCCAGGCUAAGUGUUGUUUUUAUGGGAUAAAGCCUCGAUUGUUUGUCCUUGUUUAAUUCCCAGACAACUCCCUGUAAUUUACCUUUAAACCAGAUUUAGCCGUUAAAGAUUUAAUCUGGAUGUUAAAAACAACUUGUUGCAAUGCAAGCAAUUUCGAUGCAUAGCAUGUUGCCACUCUCAACAUUUUCUUUCUCAUGUAACGUACCAUUAGCGCAAAACAAAUGACACAUUAUGAAAUAAAAGAAAAAAUACUCUGAUUCUGACUGUCAUGCUACAUUUUGGGAAUUUAGUGAUUCUUCCAUUACAGCUCUUUAAAAUGAUUAGUGUUUUAUUCAAGGGGUGGGAACAUCUACGAUCAGUGUAAUCAUGCUGCUUUCUGAAGACAGAGUGACCCAUAUGACACCAGCAAGUGUUCUUGAGCGCUGAUGAGGAGGAGCGUUUGUGUAGCAUCUCUAACCGAUAUCGCCCACAAUGUACUUUGCACAGCUUUGUUCACCCACCUUCUACUAGCAUGAUUGCCUCUAUAGAUGAGUGGCUCUUAUAUGUCUGCAGUCUUCUGUAAGUCUGUGAGUAAGAAUGGCCUUCUGCUCUACAGUAAAAUGCCACAGACCAUCUGAAUGGAGUGAUUUUGGAGUGUGAGCGAAGCAAUGAAUUGCAACUUUGAGUACCUAAUCUGCAGUCUGAAUGGUUUAAAUGACUGCUCGCUUUCACCUAUCGUACCAGACGCUGCGCUUUGGAAGAUGGAAAAGGGAUGCCGUAUAUUGUUAAAACGUGCUUGUUUGUGCUGUCAUUUGCAUAUACGAGCCAGAGCAUUUCUGCAAGGUUCAUUUAAAAGACAGAAAACCACAUUCUUUUAUCAUAAUAACCAUAUUUCACCUCAAUUGAACUAACGCGAGAUAUUCUGCAUAACACAAUGAAGCUGUUGCUGAGGUCUCAUCGCAACAGGAAGUCUUGAGGGAUUUAGACAAGAACAGCACAGAACGCUGUGCCUGCUCGAACAAUUGAUUCGCAGCUUCCUGAAUGCAGACAACAGAUGGAGGUGAGAGAACAUGUUCAUGUAGGAGGCACAACCUGGCAUUGCAUCAAAAUGCAGAUAAUUGAUUUUGCGUAAGUACCGAAGAAGUGAAUCUUACGAAAACAUGUCUGGGUCACGUUUCAUCCGAAAAACAAUUAAGGAUACGACCUUGUACGUAUAUAUUCUUGUGUAAAAGUUUCUGGGAUCAUUCAUUAUAUCUUAUAUAUUCCAGCAGCGAUUACUCCAGUGUUCAGUGUCAGAAAUCAUUCUAAUGUGGUCAUUUGUUACUCAAGAAAUAUUUUAUUUUUUCACUUUAUUUUUUCACAUACACACACACACACGCACACACACACACACACACACACACACACACAUAUAUAUGAUUAUAUUGAUUGUCUUUUUUAAUUUAUUUAUUUGAAUUGACUUAUUUUCUCAUUUAGCAAACAGUAGAAAGUCUAAAUACUGCAGAAAUACUUGCAUGAAAAGGGUUAAAUCUAGUUGACAUAUUUAGCUCCAUGCCCUGCUUUUUGUGGAAACCUUGCAAAAUAUGUAACACAAGAUCUCUGAACAUAAUGUUCCAUACAAUAAUAAUAAUAAUAAGAUUUCUGGGAAAUUUCUAGAGCCACAUGCUUAUUUCUAGGUUCAUGUUUCUUACUAAAAUAAUCUCUAGCAUAAAACCAAUUUCAGCCUGGUCACUCGGUUUCAUCAAAAUGAGAAAAAAUAAAUUUGUUAUAAUAACAUUUAUAAUAGAAUCUGAUAAUUGCAAGUAUGUAUUAGACUGUUUCUUUGUCCCUGCAAAUACUGGUUCAAGGAGGGUAAAAUAAGGGUUGAAGAAAUAGUUCAUGCACCCCCCCCCAUGUUGAUCCAAACGCCUUUGAUUUUCUCUCCUCCACGGAUCACAAAAGAAAAAGCAAGGAAGAGUGUCUUGGUCUGCCUUUUCUUUACGAUGAAAGUGAAUCAGGGCUUUCCAAACUCCAAAAGUCACCAAAUAUAAAGGGUCUAAGAAGUGGUUCUCAAACUAUGCAUCAUACACAGCAGCUUUUUGGGAAGAGACCAGCAUUUGUAUUAUUAUUCAUUGAAAAAUUAUUCAAAAGCUCCUUCACAUUUACAUAAAUUCAAAUAUUGUGACAUGUUCAAUUACCAAGAGGCACUGAUGAUCAAACCUGUCAU